AUGAAUGAAACAGACAAAUCAUUAAGAAAUCAUCAAAAGAAAUCAAAUUGUUUACAUUAUCAUAAACCAUUUCAUGCAAAAAUAGCUAAAACAAGUGCAUUAUGUUAUACAUGGAUUUCUUUAGGAUUAUAUAGUGAAAUAUUAGGUCCAACAUUACCUACACUUAUGUAUAAUACAAAAUCGAAUUAUGAACAAAUUGGUAUGGCUUUAUCAACAAGAGCAAUUGGUUUAUUAAUUGGUUCAUUUAUUGGUGGAAUAUUAUCAGAUCGUUAUAAAUCAUUACGUAUUCUAUUUAUUAUAUUAUCAUUAAUAAUUGGUGCUAUAACAACAUUAAUUAUACCAUGGUGUAUUAAUAUAAUACUAUUAACAAUUAUAUUAUUUAUAGCUGGUUUCUCACAUGGUCUCUUAACAACAAGCGGUAAUCCAUUACUUGCUUCUGUUUGGGAAGAGAAAGCAGCUGGACCAUUUAGUUUAAUGCAUUCCGGUUAUGGUAUGGGAGCAGCAUUAGCUCCUUUAUUGGUGAAACCAUUUACAAUUCCUUCAACUCUAAAUAAUACUAAUACUACUACUACUACUACUACUACUGAUAAUAAUCACCAUGCCUUAGCAACAAAUAUUACAACUAAUCAAGAUAAUUCAACUGAAUUAGUUAUUGUCAAUGCUGUAAUACCUUAUUCAAUAGUUGCUGGAAUUGUAUUAUUUUGUGUUUUUUAUUUUUUACUAAUUAUGUGUAUUGAUCAUUCAACAAAUUCAGAAUAUAAUGGAAUUAUAUCAUUAAGAAGUAAUAACAAUACUAAGAUUACAUCAUCAAUGAAGAAAUGGUUUAAUAAGAAAUAUUUAUUGAAUUUAUUGAAAAGAAUUCAAUCUAUUGUAUCACAUAAAUAUCAUACUAUUAAAAAGAUACAUAUUGUUAUAAUAAGUUGUACAUUUAUAACAUUUUUUACAAUUGUUGGUAAUGAACGUGUAUUUGGUAAAUUUAUGUUUACCUAUUCAUUAUAUGGUCCUAUACAAUUAAAUAUAAUUGAUAGUUAUUUUAUUAAUCUUAUAUAUUGGUUAUGUUUUUGUAUAGCACGUAUUAUUACAUUUUUUAUAGCAAUAUGGUUAAAAGCUAAUUUAUUAUUAUUUAUAUUAUGUAUUGGUACAUUAUGUAGUUCAAUUGGUUUAAUUAUAUUACCAUAUGAAAAAUUUUGGUUUUAUUUAUGUACAAUAUUAUUUGGUUUAUUUAAAAGUCCAUUAUUUCCAAUUACCUUAGCAACAAUUAAUCAAUCAUUAGAAAUUAAUGGUUUUUUAAUUAUUAUUGUUAAUUUUGGUAGUUCAUUUGGUGCUACAUUAUUACAAUUUAUUGCUGGUUAUUUAAUACAUCAAUAUGGACAAUUUAUAUUUCCAUAUUUAGUAAUGUUUACAUCAUUAUUAUUAUUAAUUACAUCAAUUAUAUUAAUUCUAAGUUUAUUAUAUAUUGGUAAUCGAUUUAAACAAUUCAAUCAUAUUAUGAUUGAUACAUUGAAUGAAAAUAAUCAAUAUGAUAAUACUACUACUACUACUAAUAAUAAUAAUACUAAUACCACCACCACCACUAAUAAUAAUAAUAAUAAUGAUAAUAAUACAUCACCUAUAACAAUAUUACCAAGAUCCAAAUGGAUUCCAUCAAAAUUCAAUCAAGAAAAAAUCGAUCCAAUUCAUGUAAAUGAAAAAUUAUGAAAUUUUACAUUGAAUAAUCAAUAACAAUGAAUGAUGUAAUAGUAAUUUGCAAAGAGAAAACAUUUUAUUGAAGUAAAUUUUUUUUUAACAAAACAAACAAACAAACAAACAAA